GCUCUUACCCUCACGAGAGGAUUAGCGUCACAGGUCACGUGUUCAUUAUGUUUGUAGCACUCGCCGGAGUCCCCGCUUGUUGUCCAUAGAUUCGCACAAUGGACACAGACAAUGCCGAACAAACUUCACCGGAGUAAGCUACUGCACGCCCGUAGCGUCCGAGCCCGGGUCCAGCCAGGAUGUUCCCAAGCCUGGCCCACAGACCGUGGCAGGUCUUCUGCAGGGUCUCCUGGCGGCACAAGGCGAGCUUUCCCCAGCCCCAGUGUCUCGGUUGGCAAACCGCAAGCGCAUUUAGCUUGUGGUUUAGCCCCCCGGAACGCAGCGUCGCCUCACUGGGAGCGGGCCGAGUCCACUUCUACUCCACCUCUGGAAACGGUAAAGAUGUUCCACCAAAAUCUCCAUCAGAUCCAACCGAAAAGGCGCCUGCAAAAUCUAGCACAACACCGACAUCAGGUUCACCACUUAAGGGGCUAACCAAACUUGAGACAAUACAAGUAAAAGUCCGGGCUGUCCUGAAAAAGCGCGAAUAUGGAUCCAAGUAUACCCAGAACAACUUCAUCACAGCCGUUAGAGCCAUGAAUGAGUUCUGUCUCAAACCGAGUGACCUCGAGCAGCUUCGCAAAAUCCGAAGGCGCAGCCCCCACGAUGACACUGAGGCCUUCACCGUGUUCCUGCGCUCUGACGUGGAGGCAAAAGCUCUGGAUGUGUGGGGAAGCCAGGAAGCUCUCACCAGGGAGAGAAAUCUCCGCAAGGAGGUGGAGAGAGAAUACCAAGAAAAUAUCUUUCGCAGUCAGCAGCUGUUGAAGGAAUACAAAGACUUUUGGGGAAACACAAAGCCACGAUCAGGCCAGAGGGCAACGUUUCUCCAAGGGCCGGGGAAAGUGGUCAUGGUCGCCAUUUGCAUAAAUGGGCUGAACUUCUUUUUCAAGCUGCUGGCGUGGAUUUACACUGGCUCGGCUAGCAUGUUCUCCGAAGCCAUCCACUCCCUGGCCGACACCUGCAAUCAGGCCCUGCUGGCCUUGGGAAUUAGCCAGUCCAUCCGCAACCCGGACGCAGUGCACCCCUAUGGCUUCUCCAACAUGCGCUACAUCGCCUCCCUCAUCAGCGGUGUGGGUAUUUUUAUGAUGGGCGCAGGCCUCUCCUGGUACCACGGCAUCAUGGGAUUGCUGCACCCGGCGCCCAUUGAGUCUUUACUAUGGGCAUACUGCAUUUUGGCAGGUUCUCUGGUGUCUGAAGGAGCCACACUACUUGUUGCAAUCAAUGAGAUCAAGAGAAGCGCCCACCAGCACGGGCUCUCUUUUUAUGAAUAUGUGAUGCAGAGUCGAGACCCUAGCACAAACGUGGUGCUGCUUGAGGAUACCGCUGCUGUGCUGGGGGUCAUUUUGGCUGCAGGCUGCAUGGGAAUGACCUCACUCACAGGUAACCCUUACUAUGACAGCCUGGGCUCACUGGGAGUGGGAACGCUGCUCGGCACCGUCUCGGCCUUCCUUAUCUACACAAACACAGAGGCACUGCUGGGGCGUUCCAUACAGGCAGAGCGCGUCCAGAAACUCACAGAGUUCUUGGAGAACGACCCCGCUGUGAGAGCCAUCCACGACGUGAAGGCCACUGACAUGGGACUAAGCAAAGUGCGCUUUAAGGCGGAAGUCGACUUUGAUGGCCGAGUGGUCACUCGCUCUUAUUUAGAAAAGCAGGACAUCGACCAAAUCCUCAAUGACAUUCAGCAGGUGAAAACACCUGAAGAUCUAGAGAACUUCAUGCUCAAACACGGUGAGAACAUCAUUGACACGCUAGGUGCUGAGGUGGACCGCUUGGAGAAGGAACUCAAGGAACGCAACCCAGAGGUCCGCCACGUAGACUUGGAGAUUCUAUAAUAGAAGAACCUGCGAGAUGAAGUGACAAAGUACUUUCUGCCUCCCAUUUCAUACAAAAAACCUCCACUUCCUCACAGGUUUCAGUGCAGAAUAGUGUGGAAGCAUCUAUAAGGACAUGAGAGAUGCACUGUGAGACGCUUGAGCGCUGUUGUGGCCAGUUAUGCAAUCAGACAUAAUCCAAGUUAGUUGCAAAAAGCUAAUUUCUCAAAUUUCAGUACAGGUAUGCCCAUUCUCAUUAGUGAGCGUCAGGGGGUUUCAAAGGUUUGCACAGUAAACCCUCCUUUCAGGGAAGGUAAAACUGCAAGGAAGUAAGUAAAAAUCAAAUUGAGCUUCCCCACCUCACACUUUGAAAACCAAUGGCUUCACAUUCCCUUUCACUCAUCCACAACUCUACUUCACAUCAUCAUCACAUUACAGCACCACUGUUUCACUCACUAGUGCACAGCCAACCACAAUGCUGUGGUUGCAUUUUUUAAAUGCUUCAAACGCACUGCAUGCACAGGUUACUUGAUGAAAACUCUUAUAGAUUUUAUUACAAAUGGUAAAAGUGAUAUGAUCAUAUAAAGUACAGUAGAUCCCCACUAUUUGCGGAGGGUAUGGUCCAGGACCAAAAUAACAUUCCUCUUACAGUUAUUAAACGCAAAAUACUUACAAAACGUGCAGUAAGGCAACAUCACAUUUUGUCAAAACAUCUUCCAACGGGAAAAUAUUGAGUGAAUUCCCUUGUCAGACCGCGCCCUCUGCCGGAUUCAUAGCUGCAGCAUUUUUUUUUUUAAAUCAAACUCCUUUCUAUUUAAGAAACAAUUUAAGCAGAGAAAAGAAAUCCAAAAAAUAUGUGGGGGAACAAAGCUGAAAAUAUCUGAGUACAGUCUUAAAAUAUUACUCCAUGGUGUAUAUUAUGAAGAUAAACAUAUAUGAAACCCAUUUGUAAACCAACAGGGUAUAAGAAACAUGUUGUUUUUUUGCUGUCUCACUUUUUUUUUUUUUGCUGAGAGGAUACAGUAUAUGAAAUUAUCUUUGUACAUGCAUCAUCAUGUUCAAAUUCACUGGACAGUGCUUUUAUUUUGAACCCAUUUUGCAGGUACAAGCUGGAGACGUCUCUUAUUAAAUUAUUCCAGGGCCCAGAGUCAUUUCAUCCUAAUGAGGAGGGAUGGAUCUACAUAUUUGAAGGUGUUCAUAGUAUCAUACGUGACUUUGGGAGGCGGGUGGCAGAUGCUCGGCAAAACACAAUGUUGCCACGUAUGCAGGAGUUGGAACAAAUUUGGAAUAAUUUAUUAAAUUAUUUUGAUUUCUG